AUGGGUCCGCCGACCGGGGUAACUUCCUUGCCUCUUUCCCUGCUUGUUUGUUUGGUAAAUGUUUAUACUUCGAAUGAUACAUCGAUUCGGAGGAAUAUUUGGUCUAAUCUGAUUGGAAUUAAAAACGCUAUGCAAGGGCUGUGGGUUUUCAUGGGGGAUUUCAAUGAGGUUAGAGAUGCUUCGGAACGUCUUAAUUCGGAGUUCUCUCCUGCUAACGCAGAGGCGUUCAAUAAUUUUAUCCUUUCCGCGGGUCUUAGUGAGUAUCAUAUGGGUGGCGGCAGGUUUACUUACAUCUCCGAUAACGGGGUAAAAUUAAGCAAGUUAGAUCGGUUCCUUGUUUGUUUGGGAUUCUUGGAUAAAUGGCCGACGGCAUCGGUUUGGGCUCUUAGUCGAGAGGCAUCGGAUCAUAAGCCAAUAUUACUCUCUACCUUACCAUCAGAUUUCGGUCAUAUCCCGUUCAGAUGCUUCAAUUCUUGGCUAGAGAUCCCUGGCUUCUUGGAUUUGGUUAAACAAUGUUGUCUAUCUUUUGUUUUCAACGGGCCAGCUGACAUGGCGUUGGCCGUUAAACUGCGUUGGUUAAAGAAUAACAUUAAGGUUUGGUUGAAGAGAGAAAAGGAACAAUCUGAUGGGGUUUACGAGGCAAAAAAGAAUCGGGUUCGCUUCCUAGAAAGACUAGCCGAGGAGAGGGAAUUACUGGUCAGCGAGCAAAAUGAAAGAUCUGAAUGUAUUAAUGCCGUUAUGGAGGUGGACCGAAGAAAGCAGUUGGACGCUCGUCAGAAAUCCCGAGCUAGGUGGGCUCUUGAAGGUGAUGAGAAUUCGGCGUUUUACCAUAAUGUGAUUAAUUCUAACCUGAGUAAUAAUCGUAUCAAUGGGAUCAUGAUUGAGGGAGUGUGGGUCACAAAUCCGAUGGAGAUUAAAGAGCAUUUUUUCGAAUUUUUUUCUAAACAAUAUGUGGAGCCAAUGCCGUCUAGACCAAAGAUUAUCUGCCAAAAUGUAGCUGCCGUUUCAGUCGAGGAAGCUGAUCAGCUUAUUGCACCUUUUUCGGCACCGGAAAUUAAAGACGCAAUUUAG